UCAGGACAGAGCUUCCUGGUUGUAAACUGCCUGGGAGUGCUGACAGCCACUCAACUUCAAAAGCAGCCAGGAGAAACUUUCUCGCUAAGUUUGGGAAGGAAUUAGAAAAUGCUGAAAGGUGCAGAGGAUGUUGUUACGGAGCAGGAGGACUCCGCUUCCCGACGUGGAGAAAUGACAAGUUGGGAUAUCAAUGACAUCAAACUUCCCCAGGACAUAAGACAGAUAGACUGGUUUCAAGAAUGGCCGGAUUCCUACGUAAAACAUAUUUAUAGCUCAGAGGAUAAAAAUGCUCAGAGGCAUCACAGCAGCUGGGCGAUGAGAAACACCAACAACCACAACUCUCGCAUCUUAAAAAAGUCCUGUCUCGGGGUGGUGGUCUGCAGCAACGACUGCUCGACCUUGGAUGGGAGGAAGAUCUACCUGAGGCCAGCCAUAUGUGACAAAGCUAGGCAAAAACAGCAGCGGAAGUGCUGUCCAAACUGCAACGGACCCCUGCGGCUCCUCUCCUGCAGAGGCCACGGUGGUUACCCAGUUACCAACUUCUGGAGGCAUGAAGGCCAAUUCAUAUUUUUUCAGUCCAAAGGAGCUCAUGACCAUCCACGUCCAGAAACAAAACUAGAAGCAGAAGCACGAAGAUCAAUCCAAAAAGCACAGACAGCUUUUUCUCCAUCUUCUCCGAGAUUAAAAAGAAUCCAGGAGAUUGAGUCUCUGCCAGGUGCAACGCCGACGCAGGAGGCUUUGCCUUUGCUCCUUUCCAAGCCAGACGCUGACCUGCAGCCUGCUCCUUUCAGGGGACAUUUCAGCAAAAGCUCCCGGGAGCUGACACUGGGCAGCUCCUCUGGGCGGCCACAGUUCCCAAAGGCAGCUGGGGAGGACGGGGGCUCUGGAGAGGCACCAACCUGCAGCAGGAGCCCAUCCCUGGGGAGGACCUCCAUUGCUGGGAGGUCCUGCCGCGGCCCUGCCAUCCCACCCUGCACAGCCCCUUCCCCCCGGCACUGCACCCACCCUGGCAGCCAGCACGUCCUGCCCGUGACAAAGGGUGACCAUGGCCCCUUCAGGCCUAACGCUGGCCCUUUGGGGAAUGGGUCCCCACCGGCCUACAGCAGCAGCUGCCUCCUUCCACCACCCUACCCUGAGCCCCAUGGCGGGCCCUGCCCCAUGGCAAUCCACCCACAGCUCCCGCCACCUCCCAGGGGAAGCCAAGGAGAUGGGGGUGAGGGAGGGCGAUGUACAGGUCUCAACUACUGCCAGGAUGACACGUUUUUUGACCUGUACCCCUUACGGUGACCAGGUCUAAAUGUCCUCACUCCCCCUUCCUCUGGCAACAGGCCUAAUUCUCCAUCCCCAUUGUCACGUGGAUGUGAAAGUGCUACCGUGCCAAAUACCUCUUUGGCUACUCUUGCAGGGCUCAGGAGGGGCUUUCGUACCUGAAGACUUGUCUUUGUUCUUUUUUUAUUGUUACCUGUCAUAUUUUCCCCCACUAUUUCAUUGAUCUAAUAAAAGGCAUCAGCUCU